AUGUAAUAAUGUGAUGUACCACAUAAGAUUUGACUAAAAAUAUAAUAAUGAGAUUAUAGUAUACAGUUGUCAGAAAUAAUUAUUUUUCUAAAUUUGAAGUAAAUGUAGUGAAUUGGAAAAAUAAAAUUCACUAAAUUUUUACUGAGUAUGCUAAUUUGAUAGUCAUGACUCCAUGUCCUUAGUUUUCAAGGAGAAAUUGCCACGACUUUUAUAAGUGAUUGUUAUUUUAUGAGCUCAAUCGUUUAAUAGUGUUUUCAUCUUAGUUUUUGAUAUUUUUGAUAAAUAAAAAGUUACCAGAAAAACAAAUUAACGGAAAAGAUGGCUAAUCCGUACAUUUUGUUUUAUUCCUUCUUAUAGUAUAUAACACGCUUCACAAUUAAGGCAUCAUCAUUUAAUCUUUUUUUAUCCGUCAAAAAUACUCAGUUUGGUAGAAUACUAAGUUUCAAAUUGAAUUGUUUCGUAGUAGUAAUAACUUCAAGCCAUUCGAAUUUCAAAAGAGGUUCGAGAAUCUGGUAAAACAAGAUUUUACCCAGAGAUAGAUCGGACAGCAUUAUGUUAUUUAUUAUUGGACACUCUGGUCUGAAAUAUUGAAUUCAAAAAAUUUUCCAACGACCUUCCAAUGUUCGAUGAUUCUAUACUUAGGAUAUGUUCGGUAGUUAAGCAAAAAUAUAUUCGUAUUCUUAUUCCCUAUUAGAUCGAUUUAAUUUAAUUGCUUUAUUGAAGCGAUGUCUUCAAAACUUAAGAUCUUAGAAAUCUGGGUUUAUAGAGGCACUUUGUCCGAAAUCCAAUUAUGAAAUCAAUUCUUAUUUAUGAAGUGCGCCUUGAUAUUGUCCAAAAAAUUAAAGAAUCUAAUCGAUAUAUCUUAAGGGGUUACAUGGGUUUUGUCGGGUAAAAAAAUACCUAUUUUCAAUUUUUUUUUCUAUGUAUAAACUUGUGGUUGAACGAAGGAAAGACAAAAAAGUAAAAAUUGGAAUUUUGGCAGACAUUUUUUUUUUUAAUAGUUGUAAUUGAAAAAAAAUGAAAAUAAAAUCCGUCGUUCAAGUACGAGUAAAUUGGAUCACGAACACCUGUGUUCAUCAAGAUGGGUUGAGUAGUUUUCAAGAACAUUUGACAACCGACUUUGAAAACACGGUUCCGAAAAAAACGCGUUUAAAGUUUUGAGUAACAAUAAUACCUGACUUGGAGCGCACACCUUCCAAAGACUGUAUCUCCGAAACUAUUAUUCGGAUUGGCUUGAAAAUUUAGGACAAUAUUCUUGAAAUGUUGUAGAAAUUAAUAAGCCAAAAAACAAAAAAUCGAUUUUUUGAAUCCACGAAACCCAUGUAACCCCUUAAGUCGACUCCGACCGACUGGAUUUGAAGACACAAGUAUAGAGCGCAUUAGAUAUAUGAUUCGGAAAGUGAAUCAUUAGGCGAUAUAGUUGAGGUUAGGUAAUGUCCGACAACUGGUUUGCAUAAAGCUUCUCUGGAUAUUAAUAAAUAUAUAAUUCAUCAUUCAUCUUCUAUUUGAAAUACACAUAUCUGGUUUUGAAAGUAAAAUGAUGACCCUACUUAGCAAUAAAAAUUGCUUCUUAAAACUGGUCCUUGUUAUAUCCGCUGUGACGGUUGUAUUGGCAGAGCCAAUGGAGAUCGUCUCGCAAACUGGACAAGCUCAACCAUUUAUUUUUAUUGAGAGAAUGAAGCCGGCAACAGGCGGAGCACUUCGUGGAGCACCAUGCAAUACAAAUCGUACGGGACUCUAUGUGAUGUGGCAAAAACUGUUGGUGCGUGUGUCGUCACAAUGGCAACAGUCGGUGUUGGCGAAGAGUUUUGGCGUUAUGAAAGUGCCAACUGGACAGGAACUGACGCCUUAUAGUGUUGAACAAGCAAAAUUGAGAAAUAUCGCCGCAGAAGUUGAAAUGGAGAAGCGCAUCAUUAACGCUGUACUCACGCUGAUGCAGAUAUUAUUGGCUCUGGAUAUUGCCAUACUCUUGGGUGUGCUUGUAAUGCUGCUCAGCUGCUGUUGUGAAUCUAAGCAACCCAACAAUGAAGCCAUUGCACCAACGGAAGUUGUUAAGGUGUAGGCGCUUUCUAUGUAAAAUUAAUUUACUUACCGUGGAGUUAACAAAAAUAAAUAAUCUGCUUUGAAAUAUGA